AUGAGGGCAUUUAAAAGUAGUGGAAUAUGCGACAGCUAUAUUGCAUUGUUUUCCAGAAAAACGUCACGUCAUAAACAUUACCCAGUGUAAUGUUGGACAAUGAAUUUGCUUGGGAUCCCUUAAAAAAAACAAACUAUCCGUCGGCGUAAUGAGCAGCAGCAGCUGAUGUCAAUUAGCAUUUUGCUAAUCAAAACAAGAGAACCGACUUCCAAUUUGGCUGGAAAUACAGCACCGCUGACAAAGGUGGACUUCCGUCCCGCCUGUACCUGAUCGAUCCAGUCAUUGAAGGCGGACACGCGGGUGAAGACGGUGGGCUUCUUCUCGUAGUUGCAGCCCAGGCCGGAGACGAAGCUUGCAAUGCCGUGCACUUCCCACACACCUUCCAUGUUCUUGCAGUUCAAAGGGCCGCCUGAGUCACCCUGAGAGGGGAAGGAGUCGAGCAGUGUUGAGAAACACAGUCACACUGACAAGGCAACACCUCCUGGUUGGGACGCAGAAACACACACUAUUGGUUUGCACUGAACCCCGGUGAUGAAGUGUCCAGCAGGCAGAGAUGCCCUCAGGCCAUAGGGUUGGAAAGUGUGGCCCCUCUGGUGACUUCAGUGGAGGAGUGCCCCGAUCCCAUUGGCACCGCCAUCAAGGGAACGAUCCCCUCGUGGAUAAACGGGAGCUUCCUGAGGAACGGGCCUGGGAAGUUUGAAUUUGGCCAAGACAGAUAUACCCACUGGUUUGACGGCAUGGCCAUGAUGCACAGAUUUUACAUCAGCGAGGGCGAGGUCACGUACAGCAGCCGCUUCCUGAGAAGUGACUCGUACGUGCACAACUCCGAGAAGAACCGCAUCGUGAUGUCGGAGUUCGGGACGUUGGCCAUGCCCGAUCCUUGCAAGAACAUCUUUGCUCGAUUCUUCUCACGCUUUCAGAUCCCAAAAGCGACAGACAACGCCAGCGUGAACUUUGUCAAGUACAAGGGCGACUAUUAUGUCAGCACAGAAACCAACUACAUGAGACGGAUAGAUCCUCAAACUUUGGACACAAAAGAGAAGGUGGACUGGAGUCAGUACAUCGCUGUCAACUCGGCCACAGCUCACCCGCACUACGACCGCCAAGGGGCCACGUACAACAUGGGCAACUCCUACGGAAAAGGAGGUUUCUUCUACAACAUCAUCCGUGUGCCCCCACCCGAGGAGACGGGGGCGAGCGAGGAUUGCGCAAACCUGAACGGAGCCAAAGUGCUGUGCUCCAUCCGAGCACGUGAACCCAGAAAACCUUCGUACUAUCACAGCUUCGUCAUGUCGGAGAAUUACAUCGUGUUUGUGGAGCAGCCCAUCAAGUUGGACCUGCUCAAGUUCAUGCUGUACCGCAUCCAAGGAAAGAGCUUUCACAAGGUCAUGACCUGGGAGCCGCAGUACGGUACCAUCUUCCAUCUGGUCCACCGGCACACUGGCCAAGUGAGUGCGGUGACGUACCGAGCGGCGCCCAUGUUCGCGCUGCAUCAGAUCAAUGCCUUUGAGGACGACGGCUUCCUCGUCAUGGACAUGUGCUGCGGCGAUGACGGCGAGGUCAUCGGAGACUUCACCCUGGAGAACCUCCGCAGAGGCCCGGGACAGGAAAUGGACAAGUUUUACAACUCCCUGUGCAGAAACCUGCCGAGAAGAUACGUCCUCCCUUUGAAUGUUGACCAACAAACCCCUCUGGACCAGAAUCUGGUGACCCUGCCAGACUAUAAAGCUACGGCCAAGAAGACCCCGUCUGGAGAGGUUUUUCUGACCCACGAGGAUCUUCACGACGACCAGCUGCUGCAGUACGGCGGCCUGGAGUUCCCCCAGAUCAACUACGAGCGCUGCAAUGCUCGACCCUACCGCUAUUUCUACUCCUGUGGCUUUGGACACGUCUUCAGUGACUCCCUGCUCAAGAUGGACGUGCACACCAAAGAGCUCAAGGUGUGGCGGUAUCCCGGCUUGUUCCCGUCUGAGCCUGUCUUUGUUGCUUCGCCCGAGGCCACGGAGGAAGAUGAUGGAGUCGUGUUGUCAGUCAUCAUUACACCCCGAGAAGACAAAAGUACAUUUCUUCUCGUUCUGGAUGCCAAGACCUUCACUGAACUGGGCAGAGCAGAAGUCCCAGUCAACAUCCCGUAUGGUACACAUGGAGUGUUCAAUCACAUGGCCUAACAGGGAGGUGCAACCUUUUUACACUGAGGGCCACACACUGACAAAUGAAAGCAUGCGGGUGCCAUUUUGAUAUUUUUCAUUUUGAAAACCAAUACAAUACAUAUUGUAACCAUUAAGGCUCUCCUCAAUGUUGGUGAAUGUUAAUUGUCCCCGGGAUCCAAA